AUGGGAUAUCGAGGACAAAGGAGCCGAGUGAACUGCUGGUGGAUUUUGUUGCUGUGCUUUGAGGAGGGGAUUUGGGCUCAGCUAAGAUACUCAGUUCCAGAAGAAGUACAAGUGGGAUCCCCUGUUGGAAAUGUCGCUAAGGAUUUGGGGCUUGACACCAGCACUUUGACAGACAGGAGGUUCCGCGUCGUUUCCGGUCCAAAUCACGCUCUAUUUCAAUUGAAUCAGAACAAUGGAGUGUUGUAUGUAGGGGAAAUUAUGGACCGCGAAGAAAUCUGCGAUGGAACAAAGGUUUGUUUAAUAAACCUGAAAAUUGUUGUCGAGAGCCCACUGGAAAUACAUUAUGUUAGUGUUGAAAUAAUGGAUGUUAAUGACCAUUCACCGACCUUUCCGGAAAGCGAGCAGCGACUGGAAAUAGCAGAGCACACUCCCCCAGGUACUCGUUUCCAAAUCCAUGCCGCCAGAGACCCUGACGUCGGUACACAGUCGGUGCGAUUAUAUAAAUUGAACCAAAAUGAAUUUUUUGAUACAGAGGUGAGGGACAGCGAGGGGGACAAGAUCCCGUUUUUAGUGCUGAAAAAGCCUUUGGACAGGGAGCAAAAGGCAGAACAUCAUUUAACAUUGACGGCUAUUGAUGGGGGCAGUCCGGCCAAAUCUGGGAGUCUUAAUUUAACAAUCACUGUACUAGAUGCAAAUGAUAAUCGCCCUGUGUUCAGCAAAGACACUUAUAGCGUGUCGUUGGAUGAAAAUGCGCCGAUAGGAACUCUUGUAAUACAGCUGAACGCUACGGAUUUAGAUGAGGGUUUGAACAGCGUGAUUGAAUACACGUUUGGAAAAACACAAAAGAAGAAAGUGCAAGAGACAUUUGAAUUAGACAGCGUCACUGGUGAGAUUCGAGUGAAAGGAAAAGUGGACUUUGAGGACACGGAAAUUUACAGAUUAGACUUGCAGGCUUCAGAUAAAGGGCAGCUACCCUGGACGGCUGGAAGCAGAGUUGUGAUAAAAAUUAAAGAUGUGAACGAUAAUCAGCCAGAUAUUGAAGUGACAUCACUGUCCAACGUUGUCCCCGAGGAUUCAAAGCCUGGCACCGUUAUCUCCCUUAUUAGUGUCACGGACAGAGACUCAGGUGUUAAUGGAAAAGUUAUUUGUAAAAUCUCAGACAAUGUUCCGUUUGAUUUGACGCCAUCCAUCGAGGAAAACAUGUACUCUCUUGUCACAAAAGGGCGUUUAGAUCGAGAAACUGUGUCUGAUUAUGACAUCACAAUAACAGCUACUGACUGUGGUGAACCUCCACUUUCCUCAUCAAAAACCUUACGUGUUCAGGUGUCAGAUGUUAAUGAUAACAAACCAGUUUUUAGUCAGAAUCCAUAUGAACUUUAUCUGGUAGAAAACAAUGCCCCGGGCGCCUCCAUAUUUUCUGUGACUGCUGCUGAUAAUGAUCUAAAUGAAAAUGCAGUAAUAAUAUACCACAUUGUGAGAGGUGAUGGGCUGCAGGGUGAUGCGACAUCGUUCCUGAAUGUAAACUCGGAAAACGGAGAAAUAUCCGCGCUGAAAAGUUUCGACUUUGAAACAGUGAAAACGUUCAAGUUCCACGUUGUUGCGUCAGAUUCUGGAACUCCGUCACUGAGCAGCAACGUCACAGUGAACGUGUUCCUUCUGGAUCAGAACGACAACGCUCCAGUCAUCCUGUAUCCAGUCAGCUCCAACGAAAAUUAA